AUGAGAUUCACUCAGGUCCUCGCCCCCGUUGCUGGGCUCUUUUCCCUGGCCAGCGCUGCUGCCUACGGCGCGGAGGGCAUCGCAUACACGACUGUCGUCACGACCGCCUACGAGACGUACUGCCCGCUGCCCACCACCUUCGGCUACAAGAACGUCACUUACACCGUCACUGAGCCCAAGACGGUCACCAUCUCCAACUGCCCCUGCACCAUCAUCGAGACGCACCCUGCCCCCAUCACCAGCACCAGCGUCUGGUGCCCUACGCCCUCUCACCCUGCUGGUAACCACACCAUCUACCCUCCCCCAAAGACCACGACCUCGAUCUACACGAUCGUGCCUCCUCCUCAGACGCACAUCAGCGGCGUCACCCCCGUCACUAGCAAGCCGCCCGCCACCAGCAAGCCUCUCGUCACCCCCGUCAUCAGCCACCCCACCGCCGUCCCUGUGCCGCCCACCGUCGUUCCCGUGCCGCCCACCACCACGGGACCUGCUCAGGUCCCUGAGGCCGCUGCCGGCAAGAUGGGCGUCAGCUUCGGCGGUGCUGUCGUCGCUGGUGUUCUUGCCUUCUUCCUGUAA